AUGAAGCUGGUGAUUAUCUCAUUGAUUUUUGGAGUUAUUCUUCGUCGGGACGUAAGUGCAAAAGGUCGAGGUAUUGGAUUUUGAUGAAACUUGGUAUAUAGGUACUUUCGAACACCCUGAAUCCAAAGAACUUGAAAAAAAGUGCGCCUUUUCAGUUUAGUCGAGUUAUGGAAUCUCGAAGUUUGCACGCGAAAAUGCAUUGAACGGAAGGAGGGAAUGUAUUGCGGCGGCUAACUCUUGCUGCCAGCAGAUGGCGUGGUGUAGUGGCUAGCGGCUUACCGCUGUGGAGCCUACGAUGUAGGUUCGAAUCCUUAUUGGUAAAACUUUUUUUUGCCAUUUUUUUCCUUUGAAAAAAUGAUGCAGUUUCAAAGAUGGAACAAAACCUACCACUCAAAAAUGUGAACUUGAACACUCAAAAAUGUUUUUUUAAAUAAAAAAAUUUUUAAUAAUUCGACAAAGUACCCACCCCCAGGUUGAGAUUUUGAUGAAACUUGGCUGAGUGUACUGCAGGACCUACUGGUUGCAGAACAAGAAAAAUUUCUCGCAAUUUUCGAGUUAUGAACUUUCAAAGCCACCCAAGUUCUGCCAAAAAAGGCUGUUUCAAGCUUUUGAAGUGUCCUAACUCGAAUGCGAGAAAUUUCAUUCUUGUUCUGCAAUAAGGAGGUCCUAAAGUACACUUCAGCCAAGUUUCAUUGAAAGUUAAAUCGAAGGGGGAGGGAGCGGGGAUUUUUUUAGAAAAAAACUAAAUCGGUUAUUCAAUUAUUUACUCCUCCUUGAUCAAACUUUCUGUUCAAAAAAAGUGGAAAAAACAAAUUUCUUCAUCCUAAAGUUGCCUUGACCUCGAGCUGAUUCAGCUCUUUUUGUUGUUGUUGACAGGGACUAGCAGUGCUGGGGCAGCUGUCGGACUCAUUUGUUUCGAAGAUCCUCCCCUUGAUUUUGUCCACUUCCACUCGGCUCCCUGGCAUGAUACUGAUUGUUUUUUUGGUGCUUUCAUUUAAAGUUUCUGAUUUUCAAAAUUCAAAGAGUAUGAACUUUCUGACCUUGAAAUUCUCCGUUUUUAGACAGAAAUUUAUCAACAUGGGCAAAGUCGGAAAGGGUGGGAAAAGGCUCCAUAAAAAUCUUCAUUUUAGUCUCUUUUUGCGCCAUUUCAUUGGUUCUCAAGCACCAUUUCUGCUGCCUUACCCUUUUUUCACCGUUCCUUGAUCUUUUAAAAUUCCAGAAAAGUAGAAGGCUUGAUAAAGGAACUCUCUUUGCUGCCUCUUUACUGCCAUUCUGCGGUACUUUUUGAGCCUCUCCCUUUUAGCGGCCAUUAUACACCAUUCUGACUUUGCCCGAGAACUUCAGGACAUUAUCCUACUUUAUAACUAGAAAAUCUUCAAACCAAGGAAUUCAGAAAAUGAAGUUUUUGUGGAUGUUGGUUUGGUUCAUGCUUUUCCUGCUCAACACUCCAAGUUUCAUGGCUCGUCCCAUUGAGAGCGUCGACUCCAACGCCGAUUUCGUCUUCCCAUCGCGGCCAGACGGUUUCUUUGUUUUUGAUUAAUCGUGUUCUGAAAUCGCUAGAAGAUACGAGCUAUCAUAGUUACUUCAUAGCUGGCUUUCUUCUCGAAAAAAUCUAGUGACUGGUCAGCUUCUUCCAUAUUUAUUCUUUCCAGGAAAAAAAACUUGUUAACCUUGUAGAAAUGCACGCAGAGUAUUCAAAGGGAUCCCACGAAAUUCUGAAUAAUCGUCAGAGAAAGAAAGAUAGAACGAAAUUUUGGAGGGUCAGAGAUAAUUUUGGAUUUCGCAGAAAUUACUUUGAACACCGCAUACAGUUUGAAAAAAAAAUUUGAUUUCAUUUCGAAAGUUUCGUCACAAAACAUGGCUGUUAUUCUGCUAACUUCAAUCUCAAUUGGUCACCGGAAAGACGGAAAAUGUCGAAAUGACGUCAUGAAUGCUUGCAGAUGAUUUUCCGAUUGCCCCGCGGCCAACGCCUCGUCCGUCCGUCAGACCCUGCUGA